AUGCCUGGACACUUUGGCCAGAAAAUCCUCAAAACAUUUGGCUUGGACGACCAACGCGGCUCACAGCCAUUCCAGCCCCAGAACGACGCCCGUCUUCCAGGAAACCGAUUGAUCAAUAACGAUGAACGCCUUCUCUCGUCUGAGCCCUCCGGUACAUACCCCCGUCUCGCCAGACUGUCCGACGGCUCUAUCCUCUCCGCCUUCACCCGCUUCGCCGGCCAAACCCGCAUCCUCACCGUUGCCAAAAGUACCGACGGUGGUCGCACAUUCCACGACUUUGGCGAGGUGACACGCAGCCAGGGCGAUUCCGAUAAUCUAUUCCUCCUUGAGGUUGCACCUUCUGUCGUGCUCGGGGCGUUUCGCAACCACGAUCUCGGUCCCAACGGGCCUACCCACUUCCGUAUAACCGUGUGCCGGUCGACAGACGGCGGUCGCAGCUGGCAGUACGCUUCGCAAGCGGUUGAAAAGUCCCCUCCGAAUGGAAUCUGGGAGCCGUUUAUGCGGCUCGGCCGUCAAGGGGAGGUGCAGCUGUUCUAUUCUCAGGAGUACGCCCACGAUAAUCAGUGCACGAUGCUGGUGCGAUCGUUCGAUCAAGGGUCGUCGUGGUCGCAGCCGGAAUGUCUCGAGGGAAUCAACGAUCGGAUCCGCGAUGGCAUGACUGGAAUCGCGUCGACUGUCGACAAUGGGCGCGAGGCACUGGUGAUGGUCUUCGAGACGACGCGGUACGGCACGUUCAACCUCGAGGCAUUGCUCUCGUAUGAUGACGGCCGGACCUGGGGAUGGCGGCAUGAAGUAUAUGUACCGCCUCGGGGCCACAAUGCGGGAGCGCCGCAGAUUGCAUCAUUUGCCGAUGGCUCAUUGGCGGUGAUUUUCAUGACGGACGAGGACGAGCGGGACGUGCAGUGGACGAAGAACGCGUGCAUCAAAAUGGUCUUUGCGGGGCCGCCGCAAGAUGGGCGUAUCUCCUGGACCCGGCCGACGGUGAUUUGCCCCCAUACGAGUCACUGGCCGGGUGUGUUGGCUCUUGAUCAUCAUACACUGCUGGCGGCGUAUGAGUGCGGAGGGCCAAAGGGCAAGACUGUUACAUUGCAGUGA